CCCACUGGUUGUCCAUUGUUCACAUAGACUUGUGCACUGCACCAUAUAGAUUAUAGACUCAAGCCCAUCUUGGCGCUGUCUCUCUCUCUCUCUCUCCCUCUCCCUCUCCCUCUCUCCCUCUGUCACCCCUCCUCCUCCUCCUCCUCUUUCUUGAUCCUCCUGUCUAAAUCCUUCACAUUCUCUCCUCUCCUCCCUCCAGCAGCAUCAUCCGGCCCUCUCCUCUUUCUCCACAGUCAUGUCAGCAACAAUGGCCAGCACAGUAUCAGCCUACACAGACAAGAUCAAGGAGAUGUCAAUGCUGUCUCUGCUCUGCUCCUGCUUCUACACACAGCCACAUCCCAACAGUCUCUAUCAGUAUGGAGACCUGGAGGUGAAAGGAUUGAACAAGCGAGCAUCGGGACAGUCAUUUGAGGUCUUUCUUAAACAUCCGGAUCAGUUUGGGGACAAAAGCCAGGCUCAACCCCUGCCUUCCCCCCCAAGGAGGGAGGUUUCCCUGGAGGAACUCCAGAAGAGGCUGGAGGCUGCUGAGGAGAGAAGGAAGUCCCAGGAGGCCCUGGUGCUGAAGCAGCUGGCAGAGAAGAGGGAGCACGAGCAGGAGGUUCUCCACAAGGUGCGCGUGGUAAACGAAAUCUUCAGUAAGAGGACGGAGGAGAAGCUCAUCCAAAAGAUGGAGAUCAGCAAGGAGAACCGGGAGGCCCACCUACAUGCUCUCAAACAAAGGCUGCGCGAAAAAGAAGUCCACGCUGCUGAGGUACGCAGGAACAAGGAGCUUCAGGCUGGCCUCUCAGGCUGAAGAGGUUUUCUACCCUCUGUCACUGGAUGAAACUUUUGAAAUCUCUUCUGUGUGUCAACGUUUUCCUGCUGUUCAGAAUUCACCUUCUUUAUAUCACCCUACAGUGCACCUUCCGGGACCCAAACUAGUUGUUAAUCAGCACCAAAUACUGUUACUCGUCUGUUUCAUUUUCAGUAAA